AUGGCUUACCAACUGGCUUUGAGAAAUGAAAAACGUUUCCCUACAAGCUGGACUGAACACGAACUCGCAGGAAAAGACUGGGUAACUGGUUUUUUGAAGCGACACCAUUCAGUAAGUAUUAGGACUCCAGAAGCAACAAGCGUGACCAGGGCAACAGCCUUUAACAAAACCAACGUUAAGGUCUUCUACUCCAAGCUUCAAGAUUUGUAUGCAAGGAACAAUCUGACACCUGAUCGCAUAUUCAACUUGGAUGAGACUGGACUGACGACAUCACAAAAGCCUCAAAAGGUUAUUGCAGAAUCUGGAACAAAGCAAGUUGCACAGAUGGUUUCUCAUGAACGUGGUCAAACAGUUACCAUGUGCGGUUUUGUAAAUGCCAUUGGCAAUGCCCUCCCACCUUGCAUGGUGUUUCCACGGAAGAAUUUUAAGAACUACAUGAUUCAUGGAGCACCACCAGGAACCUUGGGUAUUGCUUAUCCCAGUGGAUGGAUGACUGCUGUAACUUUUCUGGAGUGCUUGAAGCAUUUUGUACGCUAUGUCCAUUGCAGCAAAGACAACACAGUAAUGCUUCUCUUGGACAACCACGAGUCACGUGUCAUUAGAGGCAAUAGACCUCUGUCGUGA